AUGAUAAACAUUGUCAACAGCUUUCUGGCAGAGAGAACGUUCCAGGUCAACGUAGAAGGGCAUUUGUCGCCAGCACAUCCGCUGGAAAAUGGUGUGCCGCAGGGCUCAGUGCUCUCUGUGACACUAUUUCUCGUGGCUAUCCAACCCAUCUUCCGCGUGGUCCCGAACUCCGUACAAGUGUUGCUGUACGCCGAUGAUAUUCUGCUUCUUGUGUGGGGAAAGAAAGAACAGUCGCUCCUUCGGAAACUUCAGGCCGCAGUAGAAGCCGUCGAUAAAUGCCCUAACGUACGCCGUGAACCCAUGCAGGCGAUAAAGGUAGAUGGUGUAGCCGUUCCGACACAAACGCUGCUGAGAACGCUCGGUGUCACUCUCGAUCGAUCACUCAACUUUAAAGCGCAUUGUAAAAUGACGAAGAAGACGUGUGAAUCAAGGCUGCGUAUCUUGAAGAUGAUCGGUGCCAAGCUACCCCGUGGUCAACGCGCUUCUUUACUUCAAAUUGGGUCCGCAAUUGUUACCUCGCGACUCCUCUACGGUAUGGGACUUGUAAGCAGAGGAGGAGACGCCGUCAUCCAAACGCUCGCUCCUACAUACAACAGGAUGGUAAGGUUUGCAUCCGGUGCAUACGUCACGAGCCCAAUCGUAGCCAUAAUGGCAGAAGCUGGAGCCCUACCAUUCGACCUACUCGUUCUUCAAAAUAUAGCCCGGUUGGCCAUCCAUACGUUGGAAAAAAGCAAGGACAAUGCCGAUCUCCCCCUGGUACAUCGAGCAUCCGAACGUCUGACAGAGGUGAUCGGAAUCACUCUUCCAGCUAUUUGCACUCGUACACGUUUAGCUGCACGAAGAUGGUACGAACCCAAGCCCCAGAUCGUGUGGGACAUAAAAAGACGUGUGAAAGCUGGUGACCCCUCGGAAAUUGUUCGGCCUGCUUUUCAGGAGCUCCUAGCAGGUCGUUUCAACCGCUCAACUAUCGUCUACACGGAUGGCUCGAAAGACGACAAUGCAGUAGGUGUGGGAGUGUAUGGAGAAUACUUCCAACAAUCGGUUGGCCUUCCAUCGUCAUGCAGCGUCUUCUCGGCAGAAGCGUUUGCAAUCAAAACGGCGCUAGCAACACAUAACACGGUCAGUGAUUUGGUGGUUAUGUCUGACUCGGCCAGUUGCUUAUCGGCAUUAGAAGCUUGCACAUCGCAACACCCGUGGAUUCAGCAGAUUGAAAACAUGCUACGAGGCCGUCCAAUCAAGCUGUGCUGGAUUCCGGGUCAUGCUGGUAUCCAUGGCAACGAAGAGGCAGACCGCCUCGCUGGAGAAGCCAGAGGUAAUACCCCUUUGCAAGUAGCCGUUCCGGGAGCAGACGCGAACAACCGAAUGAAAACAGCUAUCCGAAAUCAAUGGUUCCGUCGAUGGUCUGCGUCCACUGAAGUAAAACUCCGCGAAGUUAAGUUCGACACAGGGAAGUGGACUGACUGCGAGAAUUCGGCCGAACAGCGAGUGCUUACCCGGCUUCGAAUAGGGCAUACCCGGCUAACACAUGACUUUCUGCUAAAGAAAACCUCACCACCAGUGUGCGACUGCUGUGGGAUCGUUGUAGAUGUCCGCCAUGUGAUCCUCCACUGCAGAAAGUACGACGACGUUAGAAGGAAGCACGAUAUCGAGUCGACUAGUCUGCGAGCAGCUCUGAGCAACGACAGGAAAAAUGAGGAGAGUAUGGUAAAAUUCCUCAAGGAAACUAACUUGUUUAAUAUGUUGUAA